UGGCUGCUGGAAAAGAGAAGUAUUUCAUUGUUGACUUACCAUCCACAAAACACUCACUGCAUUAUUGUUGGUUGUGCAGGAGGCUCCACUUCUGCUUCUCAGAGAUGUACUGUUGUAUAAUUUUUCAUUUGUUUGAAGCCAUUUUUACACGCGAGUGUAAACACUGAGCCAGCAGCAAAUUAUUUGGAUGUAAAAUGACUAGAGGCCCUAACACUGCUAAUUUUGAACCAAGCUAAAUGUAAUGAACAUGCUUUGUAUAGACCGUAGAUCUAAACUAAUCCGUUCAAGGAAGUAUAAUAGGUCACCUUUAACAGGAAACUUUAGAUUUUCAGGGUAAAAAGUAACAGCUCUGAAUUAGUAAAACUCUAAUUUAUUCUCUCUGGUUCUCUUCCAUUGAUUUAACGAGUCUGAGUUGAGCACAUACCAGAUUGUCAGCGUCUCCAUUUGAAGCUGAUACGUCCUGGGAGUGAUGCACUGGCUUCCCCUGGUUGCCAUGGUGAUCGCCUCGGCCCUGCCCUUCCCUCACAACCCCGCGACCGCGCAGCCCAGCGAGGAUCGUAAACAGACCUCCACCUCAGAAGAGGAGAACUGGAUAACCUACGAACCGUUCAGCAGUCCGGACGUUCCCGCCGAAGAAGAAGAAGCAGAACCGCUCAGGACCGAGGAAAUUUCCCAGGAAAACUCGCUACCAAAGGACUCCAAAGCCAGUAGGAAAGAUGGCGACUCGGACUCCAUACCGCGCCAUUUUAGGACAGGCGCAGCCGAGGACAGCCCCGCCGUAGAUGUCGGGUUGGGUCUGGAAAUAGACGAAAUGUUUCUGGACGCACAUCCCCGCGUCCUGUUCUCGCCCUCGCCUUCGCCGCCGGAGCAUCCGCCGCUUCUGCUGAUGUUGGAGAACGGGCUACUGGAGGACGACAGCGACGGAGACAUAGAGGGUCACGGGGAUCGCGCCGCCGACCGGACCACGCCGACUCCGACAUGGGCGGACUACAACAAGGGCCCCGCCGACGAGGCGUACCGCCCGGUGAAACGGGACAAACGUUCACACCUGAUGGAUACCCACAGGGGGGAGAAGUCCGUGUGCGAGUCAGAAAGCACGUGGGUCAACAACAAAACCACCGCCAUCGACUCGCACGGCGAGCGGGUCACCAUCGUCCCGCAGAUCCAGACAAUGACGGGUGCGCUCAAGCAGUACUUUUACGAGACGCGGUGCCGCCGGCCCGACGGGCAGAGCGGCUCGAGCAGGACGCGGGGAGCGGGCGCGAGGUCCGCGGCGGCCGGCGUGGCCGGGGCCAGCUGCCUCGGCGUGGAUAAAAAACAAUGGCGGAGCGAGUGCAGAGAGAAGCAGUCGUACGUCCGCGCGCUCUCCAAGGACGCCAAGAACAAGAUGGGAUGGCGGUGGAUCCGGAUAGACUCGUCCUGCGUCUGCGUGCUGCUGUCCAGAACCAAUCAGGGGAAGGACGUGAUGACGAGGCGCAGGAGAGUCUAACGCAAGGAAGGAAGACACGUUUGGACGUCCUGUCUCCUUCCCCCAUUUUAUGACUUUUACAAAAAACAAGAAGACCUCAAUGCUAAAUGAUUUUAGGGAAACUGUUAUAUAGACAGAGGUGGGUAGAAAACGACGGCAUGUUAGGAGCAAUUAAAAAAGAAUAACAUUUCUGGAAAUAUUGAAAAAACGCUGAGCAUCAACAAGUUGAACAUUUGCAAGAAAUUUUGUUUAAAUGCCUUCUAAAAUUUUCCAGAAAAGAAGGAAAUUUCAUAAUUUCAAUCAAAUUUUCUAGAAAAAAAGAUGGAAGUUUCUUAGUUUAAGCAGUCGGAAAUUUGUGAGAAAGAAAAAAAAUCCAAUUUUGAGAUCUGAGAAAUUUUCUAGACAAAAAUGAUAAAUUUCUGAGAUUGAAAAGUUAAAAAUUGGCAAAAGAAAUUAAGCUGCAAUUUUGAGAUCUGAGAAAUUUUCUAGAAAAGAAUGGGAAAUUUCUGAGUUAGAAAAGUCAAAAAUUUACAAGAAAACCAAAAAAUGUUGAGAUCUCAGAAAUCUUAUACAAAAAACAAGGACAUUUGGAAUUAGAAUUAGAAAAAAGAAUUAAUUUACGAGUUUGAAGUCAAAAAUAUGAGAAAAUAAAUCAUAUUUUGAGGUCUCAACUAAUUUUCUACACAAAGUCUUUCCAAAAGUCAAAUAUUUUCGACUUUUUUUGAAUCUCAGAAAUUUCCGUUUUUUCUAGAAAUUCUUUUUAGAUGAAUCUAAAAAUUUGAGUUUACUUGGCAGAAAUUUACUCCUUUUUUCCUUAAAGAGAAUGACCCUCAUACGCCGCUGUAGUAGAGAACACAAAUGUUGUACUCAAGUAAGAUUAGCCCGACUUCAACAAGGGAUGCAAACAAUUAAUAAAAUUAAUUCAAAUUGAUUAAGUCAGUGUUGUAGUUUGGCUGCAAUCCAGCAGAGGGCGCUGCUGGUCAUGCUUAAGCGAGCCAGUUAAUACAGAAACAAAGAUGGCAGCGCCAUACCAGAACGGGAAAGAGAAGCAGUCCAAACAAAGUCAUGCAAGAUGCACUUUAUGCGAUUCUGUUUAGAAAUAUAAACAUUCGACAAACUCCUAAAGUUUACAAAAAAUUGGUUGUUUUUUUUUGUUUGUUUUUUUUUGACUCAGCAUAUUAUGACAAAUUUAGCCCUUCAUGUUAUGGAAAGACAGCCAACCUUCUUCACACAAAAGAAAACUCAGGGUUUUAACAAAAUGGCUGCUUAUCAACUCACUAAUUGAUAAAAUGCAUCUCUAAAUUCAACACAUUUUUCCUCAAGUAAAAGUAAAAACUACAAAAAAAUUACUCAAGACCGACUAAACAGAUCAUCUGAUUUAAAAUUAAAUAAAUGUGACGUUGUGUCCAAAUUCUGGUAUUUUAAAGACUAAAGUGAAAAAAUUAAUACAUACAAAUAUCAUGAUUACAGAAUAACAGAUUGAGGCAGCAGAUGAAGCAUUUUUCCAAAUAAAAAAACUAUAAAACUAAUACUGUCAAAUGUACUUUGUUGGAACAGGGUGAAAUACGUCCAGUGCCAAAUGGUUCAGCAGACAGAAAAUUAGAAAAACAAUUCAGUGAAAUUAGCUCAAGAAUAGCAAAACUUUGUAAAAUAUAUUACUCAAGUAAAAGUAUAUUUUUCAAAUAAAUGUAAGUAGUUACUACCCACCUCUGUGUAUAGAGAUUUCACACCAAGAAGUACUGUUUUUGUAUGAUUUAUCUUUCAUAACCUAAGUUAUUUUUGCCUAGUAUGUAAGCAUGUCUUUGAUAUUAAUAUAUUUCCUGCUGUGUCUACAACACGACACCAGUAUACCUUUUCUGUAUCGCCGUGUGUAUUUAUAGAAGACGUCUUCAUGCAGUAGUAGCUCUCUCCGGUGUCUGAUGACGAUUCCAGCCUUUGGGUCACUCGCCUUGUAAAAGCAAAGAGCGCCACCUACUGAGAUUUAAUUUCACUGCUCCAAACUCUUACAGCUUUGGGUGAAUUUUACAGGAUCUGGGUUGUAAAUUAUGUGACACCUAAAGAAGAUCUUAUUACAUGAUAUGAUAAUUAAAGACAUUUGUAUUUUAGUAUUUUUGAGCACCUUUUAAUGCAUUUUUUAAAUUAGCUUUCAAUGCAUUUGUUUUAUUUUUAGUGCUUCUUUGCAUAUAUUAUCAUAUUUCUAUAUAUUUUUUUUCUUUUUAAAGUUCUUUCUCUGCAAAAAUCAGACUACUUUGUUCGUGUCGUUAAGAUUUUGUUUAUUUUCAAAGCAGGUAAAGCUAAAAAAGGUAUUAUAAUAAACUUAUU